CUGCGCCGCGGCCGGAGCAGCGCCGGGAGGCCGCGCUCUGCCCGGGCGGCCCCGGGCAUGGCGGAGGCGGCUCCGUGAGGGCUCCUCCAAGAUGACCUCCGGCCACUGCUCGCCGUCGUUUUUCCGUGUGGGUUUCGCUGCCUGUCGCCGCUGCCGCUCCGGGCUCCUUGAAGCAGCAGAGCUGAAAGCCUCACAAGACAGCGAUGGCUUUUUCUCUAGAAUUUGAAUAUGGAGGCCACGGGGACAGAUGAAGUAGAAAAGAUCAAAUCAAAGUUUAUGUCUGCAUGGCACAACAUGAAAUACAGUUGGGUGUUGAAAACAAAAACUUACUUCAGUAGGAACUCUCCAGUCUUUCUGCUGGGAAAAUGUUACCACUUCAAAACUGAGGAGGCUGGGGAGCUCUCUACAGAUGGGUCCAAUUUUGAUAACAUCAACACCGAGAUCUCGGGGAACGUGGAGGAGUUCCGCAGAGAUUUCAUUUCUAGAAUCUGGCUGACCUACAGAGAGGAAUUCCCCCAGAUCAAGGGCUCUGCUUUAACCACAGACUGUGGCUGGGGCUGCACUCUCAGGACGGGGCAGAUGCUGCUGGCUCAGGGCCUGAUGCUUCAUUUCCUUGGGAGAGCCUGGGUGUGGCCAGAAGCUCUGGACAUGGACAGCUCUGACUCGGAGUCCUGGACCAGCAGCACUGUGAGGAAGCUCACGGCCUCCUUCGAGGCGUCGCUCACGGCCGAGAGGGAGCCCAGGAUCCUGAGCCGGCCCCGGCGCCGCCCGGCCAGCAGCGACUGGGACGUCACCGAGAUGAGGAAUGAAGUUUAUCACAGGAAAAUCAUCUCCUGGUUUGGUGACUCCCCGCUGGCAGCCUUUGGGCUGCACCAGCUCGUAGAGUACGGGAAAAAAUCCGGGAAGAUGGCGGGGGAUUGGUACGGGCCGGCCGUGGUCGCGCACAUUUUGAGGAAAGCUGUUGAAGAAGCAAGAGACCCUGAGCUGCAAGGAGUUACAGUCUAUGUUGCUCAGGAUUGUACAGUCUACAGCUCCGAUGUUAUUGACAGGCAGUGCUCGUUUCUGGAUUCUGGGAAGGCAGGCACAAAAGCUGUAAUUAUACUGGUUCCUGUGAGACUCGGUGGGGAGAGAACAAACACAGACUACUUGGAGUUUGUAAAGGGAAUUUUAAGCCUGGAGUACUGUGUUGGCAUUAUUGGUGGCAAACCCAAGCAGUCCUAUUACUUUGCUGGAUUCCAAGAUGACAGUUUGAUUUACAUGGAUCCUCAUUACUGCCAAUCUUUUGUAGAUGUCAGCAUAAAGGAUUUCCCUCUUGAGUCAUUCCACUGCCCUUCUCCCAAGAAGAUGUCGUUCAAAAAAAUGGAUCCCAGCUGCACAAUAGGAUUUUACUGUAGGACCGUGCAGGACUUUGAGAAGGCUUCUGAAGAAAUCACCAAGAUGCUGAAUUCUUCAUCCAAGGAGAAAUAUCCCCUGUUUACUUUUGUCAAGGGUCAUUCUAGAGACUAUGACUUUGCUUCCAGUCCACUCCAUGAAGAAAAUGACCUUUUCUCCGAGGAUGAAAAGAGAAGACUAAAGAGAUUUAGUGCAGAGGAAUUUGUCUUGCUUUAAGGACAUUUUACACGAGAGCGUCGGCAGCUGUCCAGGAGAACGCUUGCCUUUUAACUCUAAGAAAUGUACCUGAAUUCCUCCCCCAAAAAAGGCAAGCCUGUGCUGAAAUUGGUCUAUUUUCAUAAAGAUGAUAAUGUUUUAUAUGUUAAAAGUCUUUAAGAUGUCAGUUACUAAUGUAUGUGCUGAUUACUUUUGCUGGCUGCUGGCUGGAGGAGUGUCCGUGCCGCUGUGGUAGUGAAAGGGAGAAGCUUUGCUCAGAGCCAGGUGUGCCUGCACAGCCCUAAAUGCCAGCCCUGAAUGCCAGCCCUGAAUGCCCUCCUGUGCCCUCCCGUGCCCUCCUGUGCCCUCCUGUGCUGCCAUUCCAGGCCAGGGCUGCUGCAGAGGUGAGGCUGAGGGAUCAGGGUCGGUGUCACCGGCAGUGCUGCCAUAAUUGUAUAGGCUGAAUUGGGAGUUAAGAUACUAUUUAGCACUAUGACUUUCUAAUGGUUUCUCAUUAAGCUUGCUUUGGAGCCUUAAUAUGAGGAGUGAAGAUAAAGUAUUACCUUUCCCCACAAUUUUUAAAGGUUAUACUAUUAAUAUUAACUGCAACCAAUCAAAGCAGCUGGAGACAAUUAUUGGAAGAGAGCAGUGUUUGUUUCCUGUUUCAACUACCGUAGUGGCAAGGCUUCUCCUGCCAGAGCAGCUUUUAAAUCAAAGCUAAGGGGGGUGGAUGUGGAAGAUUCUGGGCUGUGAUGAUUUUUUUGUUUUGAUACGUGUCGUUACUGUACAAAUGAUUACUUGAUGGUGUGUGUUCUCAGAUUGCAAACAAAUGUACAGAAAUAGUUUCAUGUUUUAACAAAGUAAAUGCAAUAUUUAAAAAAAAAACCAUAUUAACGCUGCUUGGGAAAUAAAAGAGGUGUGAAAACAUGAA